UCAGACUUGGAGAGCGAACGAGAGGCGAACACACAAGCGAAUGCCAAAGAGAUGAUGAGGCGCCUCCGAUAACCGACGACUUUACUUCCGAAUUUACGCAACGGUGUCUCGAGCAGUUUGUCAAGUGUAUCCUAGUAUUCUAACUAUUUAAUGUGUCGACAGAAAACGUUGUGUCGUACACAAGCUCGCCGCUACUGACGACGCGAGAAAAUUACGGUAUUUCUCUCGAUUUUGAUGCAGUAGAUAUUAAUAUUACAAACAUGUCUGAUCAUUUUGGACCAAUUACUCUGAAAUGGGAUCCCAAAAACUUGGAGAUAAGAACCAUGUCAGUAGAGAAGACAUUGGAGCCAUUGGUGCUCCAAGUCACUACAUUAGUAAACACAAAAGGUCCAAGCAAAAAAAAGAAAGGAAAGUCAAAGAGAGCUAGCGCGCUUGUUGGAACUGUAGAAAAAGCAACCGCCAAUUUUAUUGAAAAAGGUGAAAAGAUCGCUUAUGAAAAUCCAGAUAUUACAGCAGAAAUGUUAAGUGCUGUGGAAGAAGUGAGAAAAACAGGUGCAGCAAUGAGCAUUGCUGCUAGGGAAUUCUCUGAAGAUCCGUGUUCAUCGUUGAAACGCGGCAACAUGGUGCGUGCCGCACGAAAUUUAUUGUCAGCGGUGACGCGUCUGCUCAUAUUGGCAGACAUGGUUGACGUUCAUUUGCUCUUGAAGUCAUUGUACGUUGUUGAAGACGAUCUGAAGAAGCUGAAAAAUGCCUCAUCGCAAGGCGAAUUGAUUCAGAAUAUCAAGGAGUUCGGCAGGAAUGCUGCGGAAUUGAUUCAACAGGCGGCCAAACGCCAGCAAGAACUGAAGGAUCCGCAACUAAGAGACGACUUGGCGGCAGCUCGGGCGGUUUUGAAAAAACAUUCCACUAUGUUGCUUACUGCUUCCAAGGUGUUCGUGCAGCAUCCCGACCUGGCGGCGGCCAAGGCAAAUCGAGAUUACGUCUUGAAGCAGGUCUGCGAAGCUGUCAACACGAUAAAUGAUGUUGCUCAAGGAAAAACGCCGCCCGACAGUCAACAUCCUUAUGACGGUCCGGGCGAACUGGCCGCCGCGUUGGACGACUUCGAUGAGAGAAUGGUCAUGUCUCCGCUCGCGUACAAUGAGGUUCGCACACGGCCGAGUCUCGAGGAACGAUUGGAGAGCAUUAUUAGCGGAGCCGCUUUGAUGGCGGAUUCGUCGUGUACUCGGGACGAGCGCAGAGAACGCAUUGUCGCUGAGUGCAACGCCGUUAGACAAGCGCUGCAAGAUCUUCUGAGCGAAUACAUGAAUAAUAUGGGAGUUAAGGAACAAUCUGAAGGCCUGGAGAGAGCGAUAGAUCACAUGUGUAGAAAGACUCGUGAUCUUCGUCGACAGCUGCGCAAAGCCGUGGUGGAUCACGUAUCAGAUAGUUUUCUAGAAACAAACGCGCCGUUACAGGCUCUGUACGAAGCGGCAGAGAAAGGCUGGGUCAAGGAAGUAGAAGAAUAUGCUCUCAUCUUUACAGAACACGCAAACAAAUUGGUUGAGGUCGCUAAUUUAGUGUGCAGCAUGUCCAACAACGAAGACGGCGUAAAGAUGGUCCGUUAUGCCGCGGCACAAAUCGAGAAUCUCUGCCCGCAGGUGAUCAAUGCCGCCCGUGUCUGGGCGGCGCGUAAUACAGACGUAGCGAAAGAAAAUAUGAAAGUGUUCCGCCAAGCAUGGGAGAAUCAGAUGCGCGUUCUGACAGAAGCUGUAGACGAUAUUACGACGAUAGAUGAUUUUCUUGCUGUUUCCGAGAAUCAUAUCUUGGACGACGUUAACAAGUGCGUGCUGGCGUUACAAGUGAGACCCGGUGACGCCGACACUCUGGACAGACAUGCGGGUGCAAUACUCGGCCGUUCGGCCAGAGUGUGCAACGUAGUGCAGGCCGAGAUGGACAACUACGAGCCGUGCAUCUAUACCAAACGAGUUCUCGAAGCGGUGAAGGUUCUUAGAAAACAAGUAAUGCCCAACUUCGAGCAACGAGUAGAGGAAGCUGUAAAUGCUCUACGCAGCAAUCCAGCGCAGGAAGUGGACGAGAACGAUUUCAUUGACGCGUCCAGGCUCGUUUACGACGGAGUUCGUGAAAUCAGGCGAGCUGUGCUUAUGAACAGGGCGGACGAAGAUCUAGAUCCCGAAGACGUAGAAUUGGAUGAACAUUAUACAUUGGAGACGCGCAGUAAGUCCAGUGCUCAGACAGGUGAGCACGGCGUGGAUGAAUAUCCGGAGAUCAGUGGCAUUACAACUGCUCGUGAGGCGAUGAGAAAGAUGCCGGAAGAAGAUAAGCAGAAAAUUCUGCAGCAAGUUGAAUAUUUUAAAAGUGAGAAGCUCAAGUUUGAUAAGGAAGUGGCAAAAUGGGACGACGCCGGUAAUGAUAUCAUCGUUCUGGCCAAGUACAUGUGCAUGAUCAUGAUGGAAAUGACGGACUUCACUCGCGGCCGAGGUCCUCUUAAGACAACGAUGGACGUCAUAAACGCGGCGAAGAAAAUCUCAGAAGCCGGCACGAAGCUGGACAAAUUGACCAGGCAAAUUGCCGAUCAGUGUCCGGAAAGCUCCACGAAGAAAGAUCUCCUGGCGUAUUUGCAACGCAUAGCGCUUUAUUGUCACCAGAUGAACAUCACGAGUAAAGUAAAAGCAGACGUGCAAAAUAUCAGUGGUGAGCUGAUUGUCUCCGGCCUAGACAGUGCAACCUCUCUCAUACAGGCUGCCAAAAACUUAAUGAACGCCGUCGUGCUUACUGUGAAGGCUUCCUACGUCGCAUCAACCAAGUAUCCACGACAAUCUACGGUAACGUAUUCUCCUAUCGUCAUAUGGAAGAUGAAGGCUCCGGAGAAGAAACCGUUGGUACGUCCUGAGAGGCCAGAAGAAGUAAGAGCGAAAGUACGUAAAGGUUCGCAAAAGAAGGUGCAGAAUCCUAUACACGCGCUUUCGGAAUUUCAGAGUCCCACCGAGAGCGUAUAAGCUCUCCCGAACUUUUGCGUAUAAGUACAUAAAAAAAAACAGUAGAUAAUAUAUUAAUUAUAUGGCAUCACCUUUCGAGCAUUGCAAAACCAAGAUAUUGUUUUAUUUUCGACGCAGUUUAAAAUGCAAAUCAUUAGAAUAUCUGUUGGUUAUACAAACGUUACGUGUGGUAUACACUAUAUAUUUUAUAUAUGUAUAUGUAUAUGUAUAUAAAAUAUAUAUACGUAACAUAUUAUUAGUUCUCUCUUAAGGUCCGACAAUUGUACACAGACUUAUUGGAAAAGAGAAGGAUGCGAUUUCUCAGUUUAAAUUUUUACAUCUUUUAACCGAAUUACUAUUUCGAAUAAUUAUGUUAAACUUGGGGGAUAUCUGUAAGUUUGUCACUCAUGUCGGAUCUUAUCCGAGUACACAAUAGUAAAAUAAAAAACUGUAUAAUCUUAAUAAAUAACCAAUGGAAUUUUUUUUGAAAGAAAAUUUUCAAUAACACGAAAUAAGAUAUUUGUCGCGUAGAAUCUAUUAUUUACUCUUCCAAUUUAAACUAUGUUUCAAGUGAAAGACCUUGUAAGCGUCCGUCAUAUCCGAAGUUACAUUUAAGCGUUUUUUAAUGCCACUUUUUUAUAAAAUAAUCUUUAUAUCGAACAUGAAGUCAUUUUACCAUUUUUGUUUGAGCAAAAUAACAGAUUUGAUUAGACGCGUGCGACGUUGCCGACUCGCAAUUCAGCACAAUAUGCAUUAGUAUGCGUCUAUCCGAAUAAGUAAUUUGUUUACGUGUUAGUGUUUAUUGCAUCGACAAAAAUAAUUGUACGGACUUUUUGAGCAUAAUAUAAUGGUUUUUGACAUCGUUGCGCGAUAAAUACCUUAAAAAAAAGCUAACACAAUCGUAUAUACAUAUUUAUACAUAUAUAUCUUCAAUAUUCAAAGGGCCCAAAUAGAACAAUGAUUUUCAAAUUAUAUCUGUUUAGUGAAUUUAAAAGAUUGUACAAUUAUCUCUCGUGUAUACAAGGUUUUAUUUCAUGUUCAACACUUAUAGAUCAAGAUACGCGUUAGCGUUUCACAUCAAGUUAAUUAUCAAUUGCAGUAUUUUAUAAAGAUAAUAAUAGUGAUAAGCAACAAAAGUGAUACUUAUCCGUGUAACAAAUUGCAAAAACUCCCAAUAUAUUUUCCAUAAUUUAUUUUUUGGAAGCAAAAUAUUCUUUAUUAUCAAUUUGUA